GUACUAAUGUCUAAGACUGCUAAUUAAUACAUACAUAUGCUGCAAUUGAUAUUGAUUACUCAACCCUGACCCUGGCCUUUUACUUGUAUAAUAACUUGUGCCAUUUCAGUACAUUGUUUUACUUAUUGUUUUAAUAGUAGUAUAUAUGACUAACAAUUCCUCUUAGUGAAACUUGUGGAAUCCAUUAUUUUAUAAUUUGGUGAAAUUUAUCACAUCUUGCUUGAAAAAAAUUUGCUGUUAAUUGACAUUAUUACUUAAUGGCACUUCCUUUGUGUCACAGUCACAUGCAAUUCACCACAACACUUCUCACUUUUCCAAAUACUCUUGUCUCCUCUCUCUCUCUCUCUCAUUACAGAUGCUGUCAUUAUCUCUUGUUGUUCACAGAGACUCGUGUCAGGAAUGACACAUGAGUAUUUGCAUUGGGUUGGAUUUGGUGACUGUUAUUUUGGAGUGUGGCGUGAAGAGUCUUGGGGACAUUAAAUCACUGAGAGUUCUCAUGCAAGACGGACUCUGCCAUCACUUACUUACUGUAAAUGAGCAACUUUACGAAUUGCUUCAGAACGAAUCUGUUGAUGUUUUUGGUCGCUCUUUGACAAAGUGCUUUCUUCUUUUUCAUUCAAAUUGUCAUCAUCUCAAACUACAGCUGGAGUGGUUCCUUAAUAAGCUAAUGCACACAAUACAAUUAGAUCAGUCAAGACUUCAAGCAGGCAGACAAGAGCUAACAUUAGAAUGUCUCAAUUCAAUUUUGUCACAUUCAUAAUUUUGUAUCAGAGUUAUAUGUUAAUUAUGAUUGCAGUACCUACUUUACUAAUGUGUGAGAGAGACUGAGCAAGCUACUUGCUAAGGUAUGUCAGCCAUCAGCUGUUAUUAAGCUUAGCCAAUUAC